AUGAACAUACUGAUACAAUUAUUUUGGAGGAUUUUGAGAAAACUAUAUCGGAACGAGUUAGAAAAUCAACAACAACAAAGACAAGACACAUUUUAUGACAAAUUGUUAAAUAAUGACGAGGUUAAUAACCUGUUAAGACAACUUGCUGAUUUGUGUGAAGAAGAUAGCAUAGAAGAAAAAUUAAAUAAAACUUGGAAAGAAGCUAUUAACCUUUGUAGGAAAAAACCACUUUCAACAUAUGAACAAAUAUCUAAAUUUUUAAUUCAAACAUUUUACACCGAAGAUUCGCUUGAAGAAUAUGAAAUCUUUUUGUUACUUAUCAGACUCCAGGUGUUCGAAAAUGAGUUAACAGCCAUUUACGAAGAGAAGAUUAAUGAAGUAUGCAAUCAUUCAAAUGAUAUAACUUACAAUAAAAUUGAUAAAUAUGAGAAAUCUGUUGAAGACUUUAAUAGAUUGCAAAAGAUUAAUCGAAUUGAUACAUCCGAAUUUUCGUAUAAGGAUGUUCAUAUUAAGACACGCAAGUUCGAAAAAUUGCUUUUAAAUUCUAUAAAAUCAAUCAAAGACAAACAAGUUGAAGUAUUCAUACAAACACAUAUGAAUUUCACUGAAUGGACUUCCGGUGACCUAGAAAUUGAUAAUGCAAUCCAAAGUUGUCAAAAACGCACUAGAGGAUUUAAAUACAUAAUUGAAUGGAUUCCAUACGAAAACAUCAGAGAAAUCCGAAAACUAAACAAAGGUGGGUUUGGUACUAUUUACGGAGCAGAAUGGAUAUAUGGCCGCUACUGUGGAUGGAAUUUUGAAGAGAAAACUUUAAUAAGAAAUGGUGGGCAGCACGUUGCUUUGAAAAUUAUAAGUGAUACUAAUCAAAAGCAUAGUAAAAUGAUUAAAGAGAUCACGGCCCAUUUGACUAUUAAUAAUGAAAUAUCAUAUAUUGUUCCUUGCUAUGGAUUAACUAAAGAUCCUAAAACUGGCGACUUCAUAUUGAUUUUACCCUAUAUGCCGUUAAAUUUACGAGAAUAUUUAUCCACCAAUCAUACACUUAAUUGGAAUCAACGAUAUCAUAUUAUUUCCCGAAUAUCUUAUUGUUUAGAUGAAAUUCAUAGAAAAUGCUUGGUCCAUAGAGAUUUGCACUCUGCAAACAUUUUAAUGGACGGUGAACUAAAUGUAUAUGUUGCGAUCAGAAGAAGAGAAAGUGUAAUUAAUUCUAAAUCAAUUUAA